GGGCUCCACCCACGUGCGGCGGCGCGGCGGGAGCGGGCGGACUGCGAGCACACAUCCCGCACGUAGCCCGCGUAUUAAUCAGCGCGGAGCCAUCUGCCGCCCGCUCCUUAAAGCGCUGGGGGUUGCGGGCGUCGUGAGAGUGCGGUUCGGUGUUGUGCGGUAACAGCGAUAUCAGCGCAGGGCUCCGAUAGCAGCGUCGUCCCUGAGGUGCGGGGCUGAGCAGAGGCGCACAGCUGUACGCACCCCGUCCGGGCGUCUGCAAAGUUUGGUCCCGUUCCGGAGUCCCGUCCCGGCCUGGAGCCGGCGGGCAUCACCUACCAAGGCGGGUGCCUGCAGGGCAGCGGCGCGCCCGUCCCCGCCGCACCAUGCCGCUGGGGCACAUCAUGCGGCUGGACCUGGAGAGGCUCGCCCUGGAGUACGUCGUGCCUUGUCUGCACGACAUCGGCUUCUGCUACCUGGACAACUUCCUGGGGGAGGUGGUGGGCGACUGCGUGCUGGAGCGGGUGAAGCGCAUGCACCGGGACGGUGAGCUGGCCGACGGGCAGCUGGCUGGCCCCAGCCGCGGUGUCGCUAAGAGGCAUCUCCGCGGCGACCAGAUCAAGUGGAUCGGGGGCACGGAGGAAGGCUGCGAGGCUAUCAACUUCCUUCUCACGCUGAUCGACCGCCUGGUGAUGUACUGCGGCAGCCGGCUCGGCAAGUACUACGUAAAGGAGCGCUCUAAGGCUAUGGUUGCUUGUUAUCCUGGAAAUGGAACUGGGUAUGUGCGUCAUGUGGACAACCCAAAUGGCGAUGGGCGCUGCAUCACCUGUAUUUAUUACCUGAAUAAGAACUGGGACUCCAAGCUCCAUGGUGGAAUUCUUCGAAUAUUCCCAGAAGGGAAGUCCUAUGUAGCAGAUGUUGAGCCGAUUUUUGACAGGUUGCUUUUUUUCUGGUCAGAUCGAAGGAACCCUCAUGAAGUCCAGCCUUCUUAUGCAACCAGAUAUGCCAUGACCGUGUGGUAUUUUGAUGCUGAAGAAAGAGCAGAAGCAAAAAAAAAGUUCAGGAACUUAACUGAUGCAAGGAAAAGAGAAGCAGCUCUUAAUGAAAACUAAUCAACUAUUUCUGAACUUUGUGAAGAAAUAGGAUCCCAAAGAUGACUUCUAUUUCCAAUGAACCAUGGCACAUUUUUGUUAUGCACAAGAACGCACUGGUUGUGUCUCUGUCUAGCAUGUGCAUCUUGUAUUGAUGGUACUUAAGGCAGCCUCCUGUCAUGCCUGCAUCUGGCAGAAGGAACUGUUGUUUUCUAUUUGCCUUUUGCUGGAAAAAGUAACCAGGGUUUUAAUUUAAAAAUAAAUAAGUUAAAGGGAAAAGAAAAAAAAAAA